CUUCUGUGAAUAUUUUUUUUUCCAAAUGCAGCGAUCAAUGGGUUUGUCUUAUAUUACAAAAGCUGAAGUGAUUAAAACUAUUGGUAAUCACUGGCAACAAAAACGUGACAGAGUGAUUAAGAUUUUUGUGAAGGAAGAAAAGGUUCAAGUUUUAAUGGAAUAUUUUAGCAUAAGAAGAGGGAUUCAGUGAUCGAGCGGUUAACGUUGUUUGUGUAUCAGGUCAAAUUAUGGAAGCUUUGACUCGCCACAAUGGAGAGAUUUUCCUGGAUAUGAUUGGUUAUAUUCUUUCGGCGAUAAUUGUAUUACCAUUAGCGCCCGUAUAUGCCGACGUUUGUAUCAGUUAUAAGAAAUCCGUGGACUGGAUCCGCAUGCUAGAAAAAACCAAAAAUUCCUCUUUCUACGGUUGUCUAUACAAAAGUAAAAUGUCCACGAUUUACUGUUACACUGAACAAUAUUGUUGUGGAAGCGGAUGUUGUGAGAACAAAUCCUACAGAAAUUACUAUGAAUACUAUAGCAGCUAUGAUAACGGGAACACACAGGGCAGUUAUGAAAUGUCAUUUGGUGGAACUUUUGGAAUAGCGAUUGCGCUGGUAGUCGGUUUAACAUUUUGCUUAGCAUGCUGUAUAUCUUGCUGCAAGCAAAACCAAAAUGACGAGACUCCAAUGUCCAUCAGAGAAGUUCAGCCUAUUGUUGCUUAUUCUUCAAGUAAUGGUACGGUUGUAGUCCGACAAGCACCGCCGGCAGGUGGUUCACUGUCCUCGAUUUCAUCUAACUCCGACAGAGAAGUUUUACGACAGUCAUCUCCAGAACAGACACCUGUUAGCGGGUAUACAAAUGUACCUCCACAGACACCUGUUCGCGGGUAUACAAAUGCACCUCCUCCGUUUAUUCAGGAAUCAGGCAGAGAAGCAAAUGACUUUAACAAUACACAACCUUCGGACCUCACGGCUCCACCGCCAUCUUAUGAUGACGUCAUAUCUCAGAAUUAUCCAAUAUUCAGUGAGAGUAAAAAUUGAACAACUCAGAACUGAAUCUUAAAAUUAAUAUUAACAAUAUGUAACAUACGUGUAUAUGCUCAUAUUUUAUUUUAAUGGAAUCUUGAAGUAUCAAAUUUAUAAAUCAAUACACGUAGGUAACUUACAUUGACUUCAAAGAA